AUGCUCCUUCCACCGAACAGCAGACUACAUCAUGAUCUGGGCCUCAAGUUCCUCGCUCCAACAUCCCUGGUCUUCUCGCCAAAGUGCUAUCUCCGAGCCUUCGGCCAUGUCAGACCGAGGGUGGAAUACUAUGUAGUGGAGGAAGAGGAGGAAGAAGAAGAAGAAGAAGAAGAAGAAGAAGAAGAAGAAGAAGAAGAAGAAGAAGAAGAAGAAGAAGAAGAAGAAGAAGAAGAAGAAGAAGAAGUGACAAGUAUAAAAAGCCUCUAUAAAGCCAUUCCUACUGCUUUGUUUUUGCGUUCAUAUGCGACGCCAGCUCAAAGUACCUAG